GAACAACCUUUCACCUGAAACACCGAAGGUCUCUCGAGCUUUUUAGUCGUCUCCGUCUCGCCAUCGCAUCGCUUCGAUACCGAACGCAACAGCAGCAGAGCAGAUCACAUCGUCGCGCUCCUUGCUCUCUCUGCGAGAGAGAGAGAGAGAGAGUCGGAAAUGGUGUCCUACGUGAACGCGUUGUUGUACGGGGUGGGAGGCAUAGUGGUCGCGGGCAUGGCGUUGCUGGUGGCCUUCCAGGAGCGGCUGGUGUACGUGCCGGUGGUGCCCGGCCUCACCAAGUCCUACCCCUUCACUCCCUCCCGUCUCCGCCUCCCCUAUGAGGACGUCUGGCUCAGAUCCUCCGACGGCGUCCGCCUCCACGCUUGGUUCAUCAAGCUCUUCCCCGAGUGCCGCGGUCCAACUAUUCUGUUUUUCCAAGAGAAUGCUGGAAAUAUUGCUCAUCGUCUCGAAAUGGUUCGCAUUAUGUUGCAGAAGUUGCAUUGCAAUGUGUUUAUGCUUUCGUAUCGAGGAUAUGGGGCGAGUGAUGGCUAUCCUUCUCAGCAUGGCAUCACACUAGAUGCUCAGGCUGCAUUGGAUCAUCUUCAUGCAAGGACUGACAUUGAUACCUCCAGGAUAGUUGUAUUUGGAAGGUCACUCGGAGGAGCAGUUGGAGCAGUGCUUACUAAAAAAAACCCCAAUAAGGUUGCUGCUUUGAUAUUGGAGAACACUUUCACAUCCAUUCUAGACAUGGCUGGAGUUCUACUGCCCUUUUUAAAGUGGUUCAUUGGAAAAAGUACUUCUAAAGGCCUAAAAAUUCUUAACAUCGUUGUGCGAUCUCCAUGGAAUACCAUUGAUGUCAUUGGUCAGGUUGAACAGCCAAUCCUUUUCCUCUCUGGAUUGCAAGAUGAGAUGGUCCCCCCAUUACAUAUGCAAUUGUUGUAUGCCAAGGCAGCCACUCAUAACAGGCAAUGCGUUUUCGUGGAAUUUCCAACUGGAAUGCAUAUGGAUACUUGGUUGUCAGGUGGAGAUCGCUACUGGAGAACUGUACAACUGUUCCUUGAACAGCAUGUUCCGGAGAAGAAAGAAGAAAAUCAAUCAUCUCAAAAUGAAAAUUUUUCAGGUAAGGGAAGCCUGAAGUCACCAAUGUGACACCUUGUUGCUUUGUUGAUAAACCCUAGACGCCGAAUUCCGUUCUUCUUUAUCAGGUAGUUUCGUUAGUGUUGUAUUUGCAUGCUUUGACACUGGAUAACAGCACUCCAUUUUGGAAAACAUGGGCUGUUCAUUUGUGGCAAGUUUUUCUCUAUUGACAUUCUUUGCAAUUUUUGAACCUUGUCUCUGAAUUGCAACUGCAUUAGGCAAUGUGACUGUGAAAGCUUCUCUUUCUUUUUCCACUCCCUUUUAUUUCGGCAAGAAUUACGUGCUGCUCACUAGGUAGCGCUGUUGCAUUGGUGGUUGUGUUUGUACAUUUCUGCACUCAAUCUCACAAUACAAUUUG